CUGAGCAACAUCUUGUGCACAACAUUUAUUAUUUAAAAAUAUUUAUUAACAACUUUUGGCAACUAAAACUAAAUCAAAUCUAUGUAUUUUUAGUGCUAAUCACCUACCAGUAAUUUCCUUGUUUGUUUCCAAAAAGUUACACCUUUUUGUCUCACAUUAUUAAUAAAUAUUUUUUGACACAACACAAUGGCUGAAGUAGCUUCUAUCAAAGAUUCUGUGUCAGGCUUGGCAGACUUCUUUAAACAGCAGAUGGCUGAGUUUCAAAGUAGCCUCAGCAAAGCAGACCCAGCUAGCCCCACGGUUGCUUCAGUGUCAUCCAGCUUUGCCGCCUUCAAGGAGUUUGUACUGAAAGCUCUCGACAUGCUUCAAAAGCAAGUGGAUCUUGUGACUCGCCAGGUGGAUCAAAUAGAGAUACGCUCCCGUCGCAGCAUGCUGCUGGUGCAUGGUAUCGCAGAGGCAGAGUCUGAAGAUACAGCGGUUCUUGUGGUCAAUGCACUUCAGGCCACCCGUGACAACUUAGCCGCUGUGGAUAUCAAGCGAAGCCAUCGGUUGGGCGGGCGCAGUGGCCGCGACAAGAAACCUCGCGUUGUUCUUGUUGAGUUUAAAGACACUGCAAUCCGAGACGACGUUUGGUUCAACAAAGUGGAACUAAAGGGUUCCGGGGUGACGCUGGGUGAGUUUUUAACUAAGCCGCGACACGCUGCGUUCAUGGAGGCCCGCGAACGCUUUGGCAUCCGCAGCUGCUGGACGCGAAACGGUGACGUGUAUAUCCUCGGGAAGGAUGGGGUGAAGCAUCGUGCGAACUCCAUUACUGAAGUCAAGUCUCUUCCAACCACACUGUCCGCUGCUGUGGCAGCGCCUGCCGGACCGUCCGUGGCCUUAUCUCCGACCCCGAUUAAUAAGGCAGCUCCCGAGGCGAAGCAAGAGCCGAAUAAGAGGUCCAAGCGUGGAGUCUCGAAGUCCCGAUCAUAAGAUGAUUGUUUGAUGACUAUUAAUACUGUUCUGUGCGAGGCGAACUCUUGAAUUUGAUCGUGUUAUAAUCCUGUUUUUCUGUUUGUUCGCAAUUAGUCGGGUAACAUGUUAUAUUCUACCUCCUUUUUUAUUUCAUUUAAU